CUCGAGAUGUGACUUGGCCGUUCGUAUUGUCCUAUAAGAUCCAUGGUUACUUUAGCUUUGAUUUCCACUGUCUACAUUUGUGUAUUUGGUCCUCAAGAGCAACAAAAUGCAUCUCUCCAUAGAACUUUCCAUGGAGCUGGGACUCAGAGAAGAGGAGACAGUCAAUACUGCUUUUUGCGGUAAUGAGAGUGAUGAAGCGCCACAGUUGGUAGUUCACACUGGGAAUCCAAACACGGAGGCUCCGGAAGAGGCUGCAGAAAGAGAUCUACUUUACUCACUGAAUGACAGGCCUCCUUGGUACCUCUGCAUUUUGCUUGGUUUCCAGCAUUACAUCGUGGCAUUCGGAAGCAACAUUGCAAUCCCCCUAAUUUUGGCUGAGCCCUUUUGCAUAAAGGACAACAACGUCGCCAAAAAUCAGAUCAUCUCCACCAUGUUCUUCGUAUCAGGAAUAUGCACCCUCCUUCAAACUGUUUUUGGUGUCAGGUAACACAUUUUGUCUCACCCCCAGACAGUCAGGCGGAAUCAGGACAGAUACAGAGAAUAGAAUGUAAAAUAUUUGCACAUAUUGUACACACUUUUCAUCACACACUCGGAGAAGAAUUGUAAACAAGAGCAAUCAGAGAUUUCUGAUGUCCGCCAAUCCGGACCAGAUCACCUCCAAAAUUCAGUGUA